UUAGUCGGUGUUUCUCAACCCAAUCCCCGUCCAGCACGGUUAAAAACGAGUAGUACUGAAACAAAAUGCAUUCACGUAAAAGAAACGCCAAAUUUCUGCAUAAUAAUUAAUUCGACACAGGGCCAAACAAAGAUGAUUCGCCGUGUAUCGCUAAUUAUUACACGCGCUCGUUUUAUUCCGGUUACGUAACGCCGUCAUCGUGGUCGAUAUAUUUUAAAAUCAAACGAAGGAAGCUUUUGUAGUCGGUAUUUCACAGGUUAAACGGAGGACUAAUCCAAAACCAGCGACUAUGCCACCGGAUGUCACUGCUGUGAAAAGCCUGGAAGCGGUCUUUGUGAGGGACUUGAGCAGGAAGUGCCUUCCGCUGUGGAAGUGAAGGGCUGCCAUUUUACCGAGCUUACGCACCAGAAGUGAUAAAUGGGGAUCAAGGUGAUCCAGCUCACCUCAAAGUCUCACCAUGAAAACCUUCUGGCUUCCCUGCAUCAAAUGAGGAUGCAGGGGCAACUGUGUGACGUAACGAUCCAAGUGAACUACCAGGAAGAGGUAGAGGAGUUUCAAGCCCACCAGCUGAUUCUGGCUGCGUCCAGCGGGUAUUUUCAGAAGAUUCUCCUCUCUCAGGACGCAAACCGGGCUAAGUUACAGCUCUCAAACAUGCACUCGAGUGACUUCUCAAAGUACCUGGAGUUCGUCUACACAGGUAAGAUAGAGGUUGCCAGGAAUAAGAUCGGCGAUGUUCAAGAAGUGGCGCGACUACUGGAUUGCGAGGGCCUGUCGGUGGUUUGCAGCGACGCCUUGAGCGCUGGAGUUCUGGAAAGGCCCAAAAGUAAAACCUGCGACUCCAAAGUCAAAGAUGGAGGAGGAGAAUUACCCGGCGCUGAAAAGGUCGAUGCAAAGAAGCAACCUCUUGAGCGGCAGCUUUCGUCGCAGAGCCCCAAGAAACAGGACCGUAAAAGGAAGCUGAAGGUGAAAACCUUUCAAAGGAAAACAACCAACCAAGUAAAAAAGUUGAAACUGAAGCUGGCAGGCCGUAAGGUGCUCCAGAGGCGCUUGCGUUACUCUUUGAAAGGUGAUCCUAAAGAUAAAAACCAAGCGAAUGAAUCUGAGGACAGAACCGGAGAAGAUUCUGAACCAGAGAACGAAGAAGACUUGAGCGAGGAACAGGAGAAUAUCGAGAGCAGAGCCUCAGAUAACCUGGACUUUGAGGAAGACGCACAGAGUAACGACCCUCAAGACUCUUUGUAUGUGGACGAAGAGGAGGAGGAGGACGACGAAGAUGAGGAAGGACAGUCUGAGGAGGAAGUUAAAAGGAUAUCCAAGGCCCAGUUCAGCUGUAACAAGUGCCAGCGGACUUUCCAUUAUGAGAAAAGCUACUUGAAGCACAUCAGCACAUACCACGGAGUGAAAGCCCACGUCAUCCACCGCUGUGAGACUUGCAUGCAGACCUUCGCCAACAGCAGCAAUCUGAAGAUCCACGAGAAGCACGUCCACAGCAACGAGAGGCUCUUCGCCUGCGACUCCUGCAGCAAGACCUUCAAACGGAAGAAGGACGUCGUCCGCCAUAAACGACAGGUACAUGAAAGGAACAUGAGGCACGUGUGCGCCGAAUGCGGGAAGUCCCUCAGCUCCAGAGCGGCCUUGUUGCUUCACGAGAGGACGCACACGGGCUUGAAGCCCUACGAGUGCACCGUCUGCGGGGCCAAGUUUACCCAGAACUCUGCGCUCAAGAUGCAUCACAGGACACAUACAGGAGAGAAGCCCUAUGCAUGUGACUUGUGUGACUCCCGGUUCUCUCAAAGGCACAUGUUGGCCUAUCACAAGAGAUCACACACAGGGGAAAAACCUUUCAUGUGUGAAUCCUGUGGUAAAAGCUUUGCAUCCAAGGAGUACCUGAGACAUCACUCCAACAUCCACACAGGCUCCAAGCCGUACAAGUGUGAGCACUGCGGCAGAGGCUUCGCCCAGAGGAACUCUCUCAACCAGCAUUUGAAAAUUCACACGGGCGAGCGUCCGUACAGCUGCAAGUCCUGUGAUAAGCACUUCACUCAGCUCAAUGCGCUGCAGAGGCACCAGCGGAUCCAUACGGGAGAGAAGCCCUACAUGUGUGGCCUCUGUAAACGCACCUUUACUGACAAGUCCACCCUGCGCAGGCACACUAUGAUCCAUGGCUCGGAUGUGCCGUGGAAGACCUACCUGGUUGUGCUGGAGGGAAACGUGGAGGAGAAGAAGCCCAAGUCUCCUACAAAAGAAAAGGGAGGAUCGGAGGAGAAAAGGAGCACGGCCAGCAAAAGCUCUUCCUCCCCGGUUCCCACCGUUCACGCCGUUGACGAUGCGGACAAAAGCAGCACAGAAACCGUGGUGGUUCCGACUGAGCCGGUGACUCUCCCAGCUGACUGGGCCAGGCACGGAGCCAUCACUCUGGUCAGCCACGGCGGCGUCGGCGCCAUCGCCGUCAUCCACACCGAGGUCCCGCCGGGGACGCAGAUCCAGCCCAUCGGCACAAGCGCCAUCACGUUAGAUGGUUCGGCCAUCGCCGUGCCCUUUUCCAUCCCGGUGUCCGUAGCUCAGACGUUGUCCUCUGAAGCUCCGUCCAGCUCUCUGUCUGUUCCCACACUCUCCGUCCCCGUUUCUGAGACCUUGCUGGCGUCAGACAUCUCCACGACGUCUCUGCUGGAAGCGGCUGCUGCACAGGCGGUUCUAGCUCCACCUUCGGAAAACAAUCCAACCUCCGAGAGCGACAAGAUGCACCCAGACAUAGAGACUGUGAUUGUUGGGGAGGGGCUUCAUGGAAAAGAACAGGAACAACUCCUGGACGAUGGACAGAACAAGACGGCAGAUGAAGCAGAAACCACCAAAGACCAAAGCUCUGUGUAGAAGAAUCUUUCUUUGUGCUGUGGUUAAAGAUUUUGCGGCAUUAUGACAUAAAGGCUCAUGUAAAGAUUUUGGUGUCAUUUAAAAUCAAUGUUGUACUGAUAACAGCAGUGCUUCAUUUCAAUUUAUUCUUACUACUAUGCAUCAGACUGUGUAAUAGUUGUCAGGUAGCAGGUGACGCUUUGUUUUUUUUUUUUUUUUUGGUCCUGGUUUAUUUUCCCUUUGUGCAAGCUUUUACCCGUUUUGUACAUGUACUUUACCAUUUCAUCUCUUCUUAUUCUCAUAUCUUACCCAUGCACUUAAGUAUUUUAGUAAAUUAUGACGAUGCAUAUUUAAAAUCGCUUGCAUUUCAUUUAUAUACAAUUUAAUUGUGAGAGCUUGCAUAACAAUUUAGCCCCAACAUUCAAGGCGAUGAAGAGUGUGGUAUUGAGAGCAACUAAAAUGUCUGGAUUUACAAAAAAUAAAUAAAAAUAAACAGGUGAUUGACAUGUAAGCUCACAAACGCCACGGCAUUGAACUUAAUCUUUAUUAUUCUUAAUUUUAACAGGCAUACAUUUCAUAUCCACAGCCUAUUGUUGUUCCACAUGGAAGAAGGUAAAUACAGAGUUUCUGCUUCUUUUUCUGUUCCAUUUGUAAAAACUUUGGUUUCGCUAACACUAGUGAAUGUACACAACACAAUGACAUGCUAAGCAACCGGCUGCUUGGAAGGUGCACUACAUCAAAAUACACAUUCAAGUGACAUAAGGAGGAAGGGGCCUCGUGCCGGUGCUCUUUAUUUAAGAGUAAAGAAUGCGUUUUACAUUCAAACUAUACAUCUUACAGGUGCAAACAAAGUCUCGCCACGGCAAACACAUCCUAGAGUUUUAAGAAAAAAAAUAAUAAAAUCAUGAUUUCAUUUAUUCAGAUACAAAUAUAUAACAGUCAAAACUUGUGCAUAUCAUUGCCAAGUUUCAAGAGAAGGGAUGGGGGGGGGGAUGGAAACGGCUUCGAUGCAUUACUCAGUACUGAGAGCGUGGGUUUGAUCGUCUCCUCUAGCGCUAUGCAACAAAGGAUUCCUGAAAAUGAUCACAAACUGGCCCGUUGCGUAAAUCAAACAGGUUUGCACGCCGACAUGGAUUUAAAAUACAAAAAAGCCUCGUCCGACUAAGAAAGAAACGGUAGAAAACAUGCAGAGCCUCUCGGUACUAGCGUCAGAUUCUGAAACCCCCUUCAGGAGGAUAUAAGCUGAGAAAGGUAUGCAGCAAUCCUCUGUUCAGAGGUGAGGGCGAGAGGAUUUACAUUCUGACUGGAUUUGGAUAAGCUGGUAACAAAAACAACAUGUAGCGCUUCUUAUAACAGUGAGCAUUGGAAAAGU